AUGGAAGAUAUAAAGUCAAGUGUGGAACUGAAAAGCACUCAGGAGCCAUCUGCGCCCCCAGAAGGUCCAGUGGUUUUGAAUGACUACGAUUUAACUAAACCUCAUGAGAUAGAAAAUGUGGAUAGUACGGAAGGCCCAGCUGAUGAAGAUGAAGCCAUGGAAGAUAAUUCGAUGAAAGUGAAAGAUGAAUACAGUGAAAGGGAAGAAACUGUUCUAAAGCCGGAGUCCAUGGGAAAUGCGGAAGAGUCUGAAAUUCCCUACAACUAUGCCAGAGACUAUAAUGACUAUGACAACAUUAAGUUGGAGAGGCACAUGGUCGCCUAUGAGAACAGCAGACCAGCCAGUGGGAAGAUGAACUGUGACGUGUGUGGGUUAUCCUGCAUCAGCUUCAACGUCCUCAUGGUGCACAAGCGGAGCCACACGGGUGAACGCCCGUUCCAGUGCAAUCAAUGUGGGGCAUCUUUUACUCAGAAAGGUAACCUCCUCCGCCACAUAAAACUGCACACAGGGGAAAAACCUUUCAAGUGUCACCUCUGCAACUACGCCUGCCAGAGAAGAGAUGCGCUCACAGGUCACCUGAGGACACACUCUGUGGAGAAACCCUAUAAAUGUGAGUUUUGUGGGAGGAGUUACAAGCAGAGAAGUUCCCUUGAGGAGCACAAGGAACGCUGCCGGACAUUCCUUCAGAGCGACCUGGCUGAGACGGCAAGUGCGGAGGCAAGACAUAUCAAAGCAGAGAUGGGAAGUGAAAGAGCUCUCGUCCUGGACAGAUUAGCAAGCAAUGUGGCCAAAAGAAAAAGCUCAAUGCCUCAAAAAUUUAUUGGUGAGAAGCGUCCCUGCUUUGACUACAACCCCAGCUACACCUAUGAGAAAGAGAGCGAACUCAUCCAGACACGGAUGAUGGACCAGGCCAUCAACAGCGCUAUCAGUUACCUGGGGGCCGAAGCCCUGCGCCCCCUGGUCCAGACCCCUCCCGCCCCCACCUCUGAGAUGGUACCCGUGAUCAGCAGCGUGUACCCACUCGCACUCACCCAUGCCGAGAUGCCCAACGGCGCCCCCCAAGAUCCAGAGAAGAAACACAUCCUCUUGCCGGAGAAGAGCCUGACUUCAGAACGUGGCCUGUCCCCCAAUAACAGUGGCCAGGACUCCACAGACACCGAUAGCAACCAUGAAGAACGCCAGCACCCCAUGUUCCAGCACAACCCCAUGGUCCCUGCCCGGGCCCGCAAUGGCAUGGCCCUGCUGAAGGAGGUUCCCCGCUCCUAUGAACUCCUCAAGCCCCCACCCAUCUGCCCCAGAGACCCCAUUCGAGUGAUCAACAAAGAGGGAGAGGCGCUCGACGUGUACCGGUGCGACCACUGCCGUGUGCUCUUUCUGGAUUGCGUCAUGUUUACCAUCCACAUGGGCUGCCAUGGCUUCCGUGACCCCUUCGAGUGUAACAUUUGUGGUUACCGGAGCCAUGACCGCUACGAGUUCUCUUCCCACAUCACCCGAGGGGAGCACCGAGUGGCACUGAAGUGAAGA